GCGCGCGCCAACCAACGCCAGCGCUGAACAUCCCUGAGAGCGUGAGCGCGCGGGGGAGCAACGGGAGGAGAGGAAAAGAGAGGACGAGAAACGGUUGUUGUGGCCAAUACAGCACUUUGCGGGGGGAAACGCGUCAACAUUCCUUUCGCUCUUCAGAUCUAAGGUAUACCCAGAUUAUCUUGUCGAAUUGACAUAAUCUGGUAGCCUACACGACCAGGCGCGCCUCUUGGAUGCUCCGGUGAGAUCCCCGUAUCGGUUGAUUCAUCUUCAGCGAGUCGACAGCGCAUCUCGUGCCCUCUGAAGCGGCGGUUUUGAUGGGAGGCGAAAGUGGAUACAUUAUUAAUACAGAGACAGAGGAGAACAGCAAGAAAAUACGUCUUGUCAGUUUUGUCAUGACCACUGCAUUUUUUGCAAUGUGAUCUUGGUCGCCUUUACGGUUUCCUUGCUCAGUGAGAGGAGGAGUGGGAAUCGGACAUCGUUUUAAAAAAAUCUUUGUGUUGAAUCACGCUUGUUCAUAGGUGACUGUAUUUCCGAUAUUGAUUGAUUUGAUUGCAUGACAGUCAACAUUAGCACAGGGAUCUAUAUCCAUACUUUUGCCGAAAGAUGUUGUUCACCUAUUAGCAGAUUUCCUUCCAUUGCAUCCAGCCGCAGGGUCCUCAGCAUCCACGCAAUUUGGGGGCACCGGUGAGGAAGAUAGGGGGAGAUAGAGUCGAGAAGCAAACGAGUAAAGAGAUCAACAGAGGGUAAGACUCCGGUGAGUAAAAAUGCUGCCAUCGCAAGAAGCCUCCAAGAUCUACCAUGACAACUACAUGCGGAACUCUAGGGCCAUCGGGGUCCUGUGGGCGAUCUUCACCAUUUGCUUUGCCAUUAUCAAUGUGGUGGUGUUCAUUCAGCCCUACUGGAUCGGUGACAGCGUGAACACACCGCACGCCGGGUACUUUGGCUUGUUCCACUACUGCGUGGGUGAAGGGACCUCCAACCGCGAUCUCAGGUGUUACGGGACCUUCUCCGACUUCGCCUCCAUCCCUUCCGGCGCUUUCAAAGCAGCUGCCUUCUUCGUGCUGAUGUCCAUGGUACUCAUCCUCAGCUGCAUAGCCUGUAUGGCGCUCUUCUUCUUCUGCAACACCGCCACAGUCUACAAGACGUGCGCCUGGAUGCAGCUGCUUUGCGCGGUCUGCUUGGUGCUGGGUUGUAUGAUAUUCCCGGACGGCUGGGACGCAGAGGUGAUCCGGGACAUGUGCGGCGAGUUCUCGGGGAAGUACACACUGGGGAACUGCUCCGUGCGCUGGGCCUACAUCCUGGCCAUCAUCGGCAUCCUGGACGCCCUCAUCCUCUCCUUCCUAGCCUUUGUCCUCGGGAACCGCCAGAGCGACUUCCUUCACGAGGAGAUCAAGGCUGACAACAAAGAUUUUGCAGUAUCGAGGAUUGAGAUCCGGGAUAUGAAGGACCCUCGCUAUGGAGUGCAGCGGUUUCACUGAAAUGUUGGUGCCUCCUCCCGCUCCUCUCUCUGUUCCUCGGGCUCCAGGCACCCCCGCCCUUCCCCCUCGCCCCUCCUCUUCCUCCUCCUCCUCUCCCCCUCUCCUCAGGUCAAAGUGUCUGACCUCAAGAAGGAGGCUGUUCACACAGCAGUUUUGUAAUAUAGAACUGGACAGGAUUCUUGGAAAAGAAAAAAAAAAAGAAAAGGAGAAACUAUUCUGUAUCAUUUUAGAUGUUUGAAGAAGACCUACUAACAAAGAACAAUGUCAGCUUUACAAAAACCAACACCUCUGGGAACAUGAUGACAACAGAGUAUUGCUAUUACGUGUUAUUCCUAUGAUGAUGAUGAUGACGAAGAUGAAGAUGUAAUUACGAUAAUUAUGCUUGCAGCAGCUGUAACCAGUUCCAAUCUGCAUAUUUUAUCAAAAGAGAAAAGUUAAAGAUUUCUAGCUUUAAAAAAGAAAAAAAAAUGGUUGUUAUGAAUUGCAUAUGUUCAAGCGCCUGGGUGCUACUUUGGAGACACAUGAAAAAAGUACAAACCAAAAAUCUGAAAAAAAAAGAGAAAAAAACUUUUUGUACAGCAGUGUGUAAUUCUGUCCUUUUCUGACCGAUUUUGAACACCCUAUUUGUACCUGUGGUCCUCUGCCUCCGAGACUUCAGAGGGACAGAUGGCGUAUGUUUAUUUGUAAAUAAUGUCUUUCUAUGGAAACAGGGUACAGGCUUAAAUAAUUUAUGCUAUUUAAGUUCAUAUUCCCUUCCCUGACCCUUUCAAGAGUGUAUUUGUCAAACUACACCUUAUCAUUAUUGUUUCACUUCAUAUAUCCUAAUAUGUAAGCAACCCUCCAAAAAUAUUAUUCCACCAUAUACAACUGAUUAUGAUGAUGAUGAUGAUGAUAAAGACAAAAGUGAUGGUAAUAUGUUCUACUGAGAUCAAAUAGUGAACAUGUAAAUGUGUUAUCAUUUACUAUGUUUUUCCACUUUUACUGUAUGAUGUUCACAAUGCAGUGAUCGAUCUAAAACAUUCAUGAGGUCAAGCUGUCAUGGACACCCUUGUCUUGUUGUGGUUCUUACUCUUCAUGGGUUGUCUGUGAUUGCUGGGUUUCUGAUCAGUUCUUGUGGAUGUGUGUGUGUGUGUGUUUUUAUUGUUUGUGUUCUUUUGUACCCCACUCUGUUUGGCGGAAAUGCCCUGCAUGCUGCAUUCAACUCAGGCCCCGCCCUCAUCACAGACUCCUGCUGGCCCCACAAGGACAGGCCUGACCAGACGAUUAUCAAUCGCUCUCACCCUUCAUCAGUCACGCCCCCUGGAGGCCACCACCACCUCCACAAACACACACACACACACAUACACACACACACACACUCUCUCUCUCUCUCUCACACACACACACACACACACACACACACACACACACACACACACACACACACACACACACACAAGACUGUGAAGCCCAGUGGACCAGUGCCUGACUACACUUCCACAAUGCUCCGCUCCUCUCUUCUCCUCUCCGGCGAGAAGGAUGCCUCAGCAGUGGAGUGGUGCGGAGAGCGGCUAGCGGCGCUGCAUUCUCUCUGCUUCACUGGGUGGUCUGUACUUUUCACAGCGGGACGCCAGCCCACAAACAUUACGCACUGAGCCGCUCCACAUCCUCAAUGAACAGCACGUUUUUCAGCGUAGAGGAACCCCCACCACCCACCCACCCACCUAUUCAACUGAGCUCUUUCCACACACACCCUCCCAUUCUCACUCAGUACCCUUGACUUACAGUGUAAAGUAUGGCCCAAAAACAACUCUGGUGCUUUCAUAAUGGUUGUUUUUGUUUUCUUUUUGCUUUGUUUUGUUUUGUUGUU